GCCGUUGUGUGUUACUGUCCGGUGCAUCGAGGUGUGACAAUAAUAGGUCACGAAGCCGAAGUUUCGGAUUUGGGACCACCGCACCGGCCACCACCGGGUGGGAUAGGACACAACUGCACCGAUCGCUCCCCGCACAAACCGUCACAGGCAGCAGUCACCAUGGAGUCGAUGGAGUAUGAGGAGGCGCGCAACAUGACGCUGCUAUUCUUUCUCGAGCGGCUGCUGGAUCGUGGCGAGCCGAGAACACUCCACGACCUGUCCUGUCAGUUUGGAGCACGUGGAUUCACCAAGGAAAUGCGUCAGAUCGCCGGUGGCAGUCAAUCAGGACUGAAAAAAUUUCUCGCCCAAUAUCCGGCACUGUUCGAGAUUAAUGGCGACUUCGUGCACAUCAACUCGUACCAAUCGAGCAGCCAGGACGAUUCUUCCGUAUCGGGCAAGCGGGAUUACAUUAAGGAGGCGAAAGAUUACUUCAAACACAAACUGCUACAGUAUGGUAAGGGUACCGAAGUGCCGAUCCGCAGUCUGCUGGGCCAUCGGAGCCAAGCGUCGCCGCAGGUGCGCCACAUCUCCGGCCAACACAUACGCGAGUUCACGGAGUUCCUGUUGAAGCAUCCGGACACCUUCCAGGUGAUUGACAACGAGAAUGUGGUGCUGGUAGGGUGCGAAGAUGAGGAGGAAGUACCGGCCUCGGAACGGUUGCAUCUGCCCAACUCGACAAUCGAUACGCAGGCCACCCAGCAGUUGCUCGAUUCGUUCGCGCAGGUGAUCGAGAUCAAGGGCCCGAUCCUGGUGGAUCAGCUGUUUCACAUGGUCACAAGCAACUUCCCCCAGGAGCAGUGGUUCCACAUGUUUAAGAACCCGAGCGAUCUGAAGACGUUUCUGAAGCUGUUUUCCGAUUGCUUUCACAUCCAGUCGAAUCUAGUCACGCUGCUGCAGAAGCCCAAACUGUCGGAUGCGCACAUCCGCCAGGCGCAGGAUAAGCUGAACCUGUCGAACAGCACGUUUGGGGGCAGCAGCACACAUAGUAGUUAUAGCAUAGGUAACAUGACCGGCACGUCAGCUAGUAGUCCGCAGAACAGCUUACAAACGUUCGGUGGCAGCGGCAGCAUUGGGUUUGGUAGCGCGAACGGUAGCAGCAACACGAGUCGGACAGCUUCGCCCAAAAAUAUGAUCGGAGAUUUCAAGCUGAACGAACCGGUUUCCGUGGGGCUGGUCGGUGGUAAUGCCAGUGCGGCCAACAACGUUGCUUCGCUGGCUGUAAAUAGUAAGAGUGAACCCAACAGUGGGUUUGACAGUUUGCUCAUAACGAACGAUUUCAAGAUGGAAAGCUUAUGCCCACGGAACUGUCCAACGGUGACGAGCUAUGCAAAGCCCGCUUUAUUACCUCCCAAAGGUAGUACGAACGAUGCGGGUACCAACACACUGGUGUCCUCCGGUGGAAAUGUGUCCGAGUCACCGAAUAAUGGACGCAUCGGGGUGAACGAUAGGAUCGCCAAUCAUCAACAACCGCCACAGCAGCAACCAGUGGCGGGUGUUCCGAAUCCGAAAAAUCAGACACUCAAACAGCGAAUCAACAGCCUCGUGAUCAAAACACUUGCCGAGAAUCUGGAGAAGGAUAAACACUCGAUGGGGGCGAUACAGACGACGACAGCACAGCAGCAGCAUGCUGGUAGCGUUUCGACGGGUACCGGAACGGGCACGGGAGGAAGCACGGCGGGAGGAGUAUCGCAGUCGGGUGCGAUGUCACCAACACCACCGGCAACGGGCGGCAAUCCGGUACAUUCGAACAACUACUUCAUCGGCGAUACGUGGAAGAUCAAGGUGCUGCAGAAUACGCGCGUUAUCUCGACCGUCAAGGAAUCGCUGUUCGUCACCAAUGCCAUCCUGAAGUCAGCCCUCGAAGAGCAGGCGAUCGUAUCGUUCGACUGUGAGGGCAUUAAUCUAGGCGUCCGCGGACAAAUCACAAUGGUGCAGCUCGGCACGACGCGCGGCGAAGCGUUCAUAUUCGACAUCGCCACCUGUCCCGAUAUGGUGGUGGAGGGUGGCCUGAAGGAGAUACUGGAAUCGGAAAAGGUGAUCAAGGUGAUACACGACUGCCGGAACGAUUCGGUCAAUCUGUUCAAUCAAUUCCAAAUCCUGCUACGGAACGUUUUCGAUACUCAGUCCGCGCAUGCUGUGCUGCAGUUCCAGGACCAGGGCAAGCAGGUGUACAAGGUGAAGAAUGUGUCCCUCAAUACAUUAUGCGAGAUGUAUAAUGCAACCGUUAAUCCGAUGAAAGACCAGCUGAAGAACGUUUAUCGGCGUGACCAGAAGUACUGGGCACGAAGGCCAUUGACAAGGGAUAUGCUGCUGUACGCUGCCGGAGACGUGCUGAUACUGAUCAACGAACAGCUGUACCUCAACAUGGCGACCUCCAUCAAGCCAGAGUACCGUGAGCUGUUGUCGGAGCUGUGCACUGAGCAGAUUUUAAUGUUAAUCCGCCCAGUGGAUGUGAAAAUGCGCAAGAAGCAGCGCAAGGUACGGUCGGAGAUACAGGACCUGAAGGUGAAGCUGAAAUCGGCUAGCAAAAACAUAGUCCUAAGCAACAGAGAAAUCCGACUGUUGAGGUACAUGGAUUUAACGGAAGAGGAAAAGGAAAAGCUACGGGUGUCGUACAAGGUGGCAAAGAAGCUGGACAAGCUGGAAAAUUACGACCGCGAUCGGUGCGAUCAGAGCGAUUCGGAUGACGAGUGUGACGUCACUGAGCAGGACUACCAAAGCAUGGACAGUGUACCGUCGGACAAUUCGCUCCCGGGCACGGGGACGGGUACUGCUGGUAGUGGCACAUUCUCACCGAAGAAUUCCGAACCGCCCAGUCUGACGGAAUCGAUGCAGCUCAUGGACGAAAUCCUUUCCAACACAACGAUGGAUCGGAUGGCAAAGAUUGACAAACUGGAAGCAAUCCUUUCCGCCGCCACACUGCUGCCAAAUGAUCAGUCCUUUGCUGACACAAUGUCCAGCUUUAAUGCCAAUACGAUCGUAGUAACUAACGAUAAUAUUCUACAGCCUGCAAAGGAAAAAGACGCCAUUAAAGGCCGUGUGAGCAAACCAAGCUCAAAGAUAGCGGCUCGGUUGCAGCACUCGAUCACUCCACCGCCACCACUAGCAUCGUCCGGUUACGGUGCGUACCACCAACCGACGGUACUAGUGCCACCGAAGGAAAUGAAAGAAGCCGCCUGCCAGACGCUCAGCACGGGCGAUAUUGUGAUUACGAAGAUAUUCUUCAAGGAGGACCAAGACAAGAAAGCUCAAUCGGAUAAGGCGGUUACGAAUGCAACCACCACCACCACCACGCCUGUGGCAGGCGAAAUGCUCAAAAAGAAUGGCACCACUGCCGGUGGUGAGAUACUGAUGAAUGCAUCCAGCCCACAACCACAGGCGCAAAGUGCCUGAAUUAGUGAAACAGGCAUCGUUCAGGGCGGAUGCUGUAUUCGCUGCUACGCUGGUUCAAAACCUCCCACGAUCGCGAUCUUAGACGGUGUGGUCCAAAAAACGAAAGAAGAAGAUAAACAUGCGCAUUGUGCUAGAAAAGGACCAUUGUGUGCGUUUGUGAAGUGAAGCAGCAGCUUAAUAAGACUAAGGUUUCUACGGUGUUGUCAGCCGUACACGUUUUGAUAAUCGAACGAAGGACGAAGCAAUAAUUUAUGUGCGUUAAUUUAUUAGAACCAAGCAAACAGAGGGAGGAACGUGUGAUGGUGACCCUUUGGGGGGCACACGUUCUUCACAACGACAUUCGGCACCACAAUGUUUUUCUUCUGGUUGCCCUGGAUAAAUAGACUCAAUCAUACACAGAGACAUUGUGUGUGUAACGCGUAGGCAUAUAUUUUUUAUUCAAUAUUUAUACCCACGAUAACGAAAUUCCCACGAGUGAGAAUGAACACUAGUAGGCGUCGCGUGUGAUGUCCAUGGAGACAAGUUGAUGGUGUUUCCUACGUUAUUUUGUUUUUUUUUUUGGAAGCAAAACCACUACUACUACAGUGUGAUGAAUCAAGCGUGUGUUAAGUGUGCGUUGCUUGUUGUGAAUUGUAUGCGCAAAGUAGGAGAAGGCGAAUUAAAACGAAAUGGACUAAAGAGUUUGGUUAGUUUGGAAAGCGAAAUUUUGUUUUUUCCCGAGUGAAACAACCUUAACGUGUUAUUUGUGUUAAAUUCUCAAACAUACAUAAAUGAAUGAAGCACGAGUAGAGUGAACAGUCAGCUGUAGGAAUUAUGUAACCAUUUUGAUUACUGGCCAACCAUGGCAGAAAGUGUAUUGUAAUGGCACGAUGGUAGAGAAUUUGAUAGUUAACAUACCCCCGAAGCAUACACAAAACACCCCUUAUAUACACAGAACUAGACUUACUGAAUUACAUUUCAAUCAAAGCAACCGUAGGUUUAAUGAUGGGUGUCAGCAGCAUACUCAGCAGCAGCGGCAACUAUAUGCUAUAUAUCGUUAUACACACGCGCCUACUAUACAUAGAUAUAUGUACUGGAUUCGUUAUACGCUCAGUAGAACAAGAAUGAAAAGUGAACACUCACUGUAUUUAGCGCUGCAAUAUAAAAGAUAGAUGAGUCUUGCGAAAGUAUGAGCAUUGACAGGAAGGAAGGAUAGGAUGUAUAUCUUUUGUAGCAUAUCAACUACGCAUACACUGGCAUAUAGUGUAGAGGACAUAUCAUUUGUUUCGCGAUCACCCCGACGGUAGUCACCUUGAUUGUUGACGGGUGAACUAACAUUUCUACUAACGUACCAUCGUUAAAGGUAAAUGAGUAGUAGUUUUGCUAAACCUUAAUAAGCAUUCUAAUUAAAGCCCUACAUUAUUGUGGAGAGGUAUCCGAUAGUUGCUUAUCGGCUUAAGAUAUACAGACACACACACACACACUUAUUAUGCGAGGUGCCCGACAGAGGGGAAUGAUAAUGUUUAGCGUGAAAUAAUAUGACGGGUUGAGUUUAGUGCUAUGCGCGGUUUAGUGUUAAAUGAAACAACUAACGAAAACAAAAAAAAAACCCACAACACAACACCCUCUAGUAUUCAACCAAUACGCGUACGGAACGAAACUAAAAUCGAAGCGGGAUAUGAAUUGAAAUGUAUAACAAAAUUGAAUUGUAUGUAACCAGAAGUGAAUAGAAUUUAUACAACAACAAGGGAAAAUAAACCACAACGACAAGCAAUAUAUGCUUUUGGCGGACAAAUAAUGUGAGGGAACUUUGCAACGGGACUUUAGAAGAAAAUAUAUUACUUAUAUUAUACAUACGAAAAAAACGAGUAUGAUGAAACGAAUAUGAAAUUAAUGACGGGCGGUAUAUGCGGUAGCAGAAGAUUGUUGUUGUGUUGGGACGGACGUGGAAAGUGCGUCGUGGAAUGUUAUAGGAACAAAUAAACAAUUGUACA